AUGCUUCAGCAGAAAGUGAAGCGAGAACAACGGGCCUCGGGGAAGACGUCAACGGGGCAAGCAUCUACGGGGCAAGCAGCUCAAUCGACCCGACAGUCUCUGCGAGCACAUCAAUCGCAGGCGUCUCACGGAGCCCAUGGAGCUCAUGGAGCCCAUGGAACCCAUGGAACUCGUGAAUCGCCUCGUGAAUCACCACGGCAACAUGGUGAGAGAGCAUCGGGUGGUAUCCCAUCGCCGGUAGGAGGUGUUGCGGCUUCCCCGGUGGUCGAGGUGGGUCCACCGGUCGUUUUGGGCGGCUCCCCGGUGGUUUUGGCUGGCUCCCCGGUGGUAUCGGGUGCCCCCCAGGCCCACCCCCCGGUAGCCUUCAUCUCUUCCAUCUGCUCAAGAAUCGAACUCUCCCUCCCCCUUCGUUCCGGAUACACUCUCGGUCAACUCGACGUCGACCCGUCGUUUUCUCAGGCUCGUUCUCAUCUCGUCCAUUUGGCAACCUUGUCGUACCUCGAUUCGACCCUUGUGCAGCUAUUCGAUCUGCUUAAAAGAAUUAUAGACACCACCACAGACCGCAAUUCCAUCCCGAUCUCCAUCCUACGGUCCAUCUACGUUGUCUUGGACAUCGUUCUGUCCAUAAUUAACGCUCUUUGGGACAGUGCUGUCAACAAUAUACCUUCUAACGUCAAGAUCUAUCGAGAUUUCGGCAUCAAUGCUGCUCCUUCACUUGUAAACUCGGCCGUAUAUGCCACGGCAUCUCCUAAACCCGUCCAAUCAGCCACUGUCGCCUCUCUGCUGCCUCUUUUGGUCGAUAUUAGAACCGAUCAAGCCAUAAUCCUUCAAUUGGACUCCAUUUCCGACUCUCCUACAACCUCUGCUGUCGCUGCUUCUCUCUCGAUGCACUUUACUGACCCUACAAGAGCCUGGCUCAUCAAUUCUAUAGAUUCUACCGUCUCAUCAAUCUGCAAAUACUUGGCAGCGUCCAAUCCGGACGAGUUUUACGCCUUUUUACGCUCUAAGUUCCAUCUCCUCAACAUAGAGAGCAUCUAUAUCCCUUCUGUUGAUCUCUUUGGAAUGAUCUGUCUUCAAAAUGACAAUUUCAUAGCCCAUUUGGGUCUCAUAGCUGACAUAAUUAAGGUUUCCAGACGUCAGUCUCAAAUAGCUCUGUUACUCUCCUAUUUCGCUGAUGGUAUCUUUUGUUGGGCCACCUAUAGAACAAGUGACUUUUUGCAGGCACAAUCUCUAGAGGCUGUCAACCAUUCGGUCGAUCCAUUGUUCGAUCUGCUAUUCAGGUCUCUUGACUUCAAGUUUUAUCAUAAGGCAGCUACCAAUAUAUUAGCCUCUAUGCUCUUAUUGCUUCCACAGCAGUUCACCAAGUAUCUUGACAGCGAGAAACCUCAAAAGACCACUUUUGGGCUCAAAAAACCGGCCGUUUUCAAAGCCACCACGUGUAAACAGCGCUUUAUCCUCGAUUUUGUUCACGUCUUACAGCAUCAUCCUACUUCUGCACCUUUUUUAACUCGAUUGAUGCUCGUAGGUUGCAUAAUCUCUACAUACGAUGCUUCAAACCCUGUGGCAACCUUCACCUGGCAUAUUCUAGACGGAAUACGUUCAGAUCUAGUCCUCGCUGAAGCAGGAGACCCGUCUAUCGACCUCCCAGUCGAUGGCCAUCUUCUUCUGGGUCUUCAGCGUGAUCUAUUCGCCAUUUCCAUGAUGAUGGAUCCUGUUAGCGUUACUAAACGGAUCGUCAAACUUGGUUCUCACUCUAAAUCGGCUGUUCGGCAGUGGCUGCCAGUUGUAGGUGGACUUCGCCAACUCAUCGAGAUCCCUGUUUUGUCUGUGGAGAUGUUCCCCUAUCUUCAAACAGCUUCUCCAGUUAUUCUUCAGGUGAUUCAUUCAUUGGCCGAGGACACUGACGUCAAUAACGACGCUCCAGACGACCUCGCCACAAGCGAAACUACCACGAAUGACUCCACCCCCAAUGAUAAUGUGGGUUCAUCAGUCAUCAGCCUCGAUGAGGCAUUGAAAACUGACUCAAACUCAAUCACGGGAACCACCAAAAGACUCACUCGGAAGAUGAAGGAGUCCAUUAUUGGGAGUACUACGUCGAUGCCGUCUUCGUCUGCGUCGAUCCAAGUCAAUUCGUCCACGUCGAUCGCCGGUGAGCCGUCAGUCAUCUCUUCACACUCGAUGAAAUCGUCUGCAUCGGUCGUUUCGUCUGUCUAUUCGAUGCCUGAGGCUGCACGGAGCGUCUUGUCUGAUUCUUUCCACAUCUACAAGAUCUGCCCCUUUAUGUUCUAUACAUAUUCGGUUGAUUCGUCGCAUCCAACCGAUUACGUGGCCCUUGAAAGGACUUAUAUUCCAUUUUUGGCCCCCAUUUCGUUGCUACUCGUCGACAGCGAUGCCGACUUGUCGUCUUCUGUGGAGGCCUUUCUUCUCUCGUUCCCACUAACCAUCGCAAACGACUCCUCGUCUGCGUCGCUGCUCGGAUACUUGGUAUCUGCCAUUGCUGUAGACUCUGUAUGUCAGAUCUCUGUAUUGCCCACCAUUGACCAGGCUCAAAGAGAGCACUUAAUCAAACUUAUCUCACAGCUGGUCAAUUUAGUCUCACGGUAUACCUCUACCGAGAAACUUGUCGACAGCUUAAAUGACGAACAGGUGAGGAAAUAUCAUUUAAGCGGUGGCUGCAACAGAUUGAUGAACAACUUCGAACGUGCCCUGUUUUUGGGGCUAUUGUCCGACAGCGUAGACACAAUUCGAGUGUCUAGAAGGCUUCUACAGGCAUAUCUUAUGAUUAUUUCGUCUGAGUUCCAUCUGAGAAUGUGUUUCUCGCAUGAUAAUUUGCCUCUAGUGAAGAAUAUCAUCAGGGGUAAACUACCUACUGGUCGAUUGGCCAUCAGAAAAAAGCUCAGAGAUCAUAUGUGCACUCUAAUGGAGCCAACAUCGACAUUGCUUGACGUUUGGAAUAUUAUCUACUCGAAAAUCAGCUCGGCCAGUCAUAUAGAAGAGGUUAUGGAGGGUCAAAAUGAGCUCGAUCUACUCGAUUCGCUCGAUUCCAACGCCUUCGUCACGUCAGACGACUAUGGAGAGUACGUGGCUUCUUUGGGUGGCAUUAUUAUGGCUCCUAGCUUUGCUAGCGAUUCACGACAGCCGUCUUUACAGCAUAAAUUGAUGAUGUUUCUUGACUACAGCCUGUUGUCACUCUUCAGCAGCGAUGCAAAGAGACGGGAGCAUUCUCGAGAGGUGCUCUGCGUGUCUGUACAUCCACUGCUUUGCGGAUUGAUCUUGGAUCUUGUAGAGAAGCACCUGGAGAGGUUUGAAAGUGCUCUUUCCAAGAAGCAGUACAACCUCUGUGAGCUGUAUAUCAACGUUCUAAGGGCCAUUUGCCAAAUUGACGUGUCAAACGGCUUGUUUUUCCACUCCACUCAACUCUGGAGUAUCAAUUGUAGGCUUCUUAGUCUCAUGAACUUUGUGGUAUCUCGGCCAGGCUUUCUCAGGCUGAAGUUAAAGUUCUGUAAGCUUCAGGUAAUGUUUUUGUCGAAGAUUGACGAUCUUUCCUUGCGCGGGAACAUCUUUAAGAAGAACGAGUACGCUAGAAUAGCUGCCAACUAUCUAGAGGACUCAUUUGAGGUUCCUCCAGAUGAGGAUGUUGAAUCAGAAUCAGCAAGAGCCACUUCUGGCAAAGUACUGUCGUUUGGAGUUGGUCCCUCCAAGCCUCUGUAUACGGCUCUACAGUUAGAGGAACUCCAGGAUCUUCACCUCAACAUCAAGGUAGAAGCCUCGACGAUGCUAAAAAUCGUCUUCCAUCGACUCCCGUUGGACACGCCAAUCCAUUCUGCCAAGGAGGACAAGUUGGCAGCAGGAGUGAUCUUCUCGAACUAUUUUAACAUCUUUGUGAGGAUUCUGGAGCGUAUGAAUGGCCCAAAUACCAACGGUUCAAAGCCUCAGCAGGCAUCUACAGCGCUCCCACAGUCGCUGGCGUCGUCGCUACAGAUGCAGUCGAUCAUACACAACGUAAUUCAGGCGUUGGUGAACCUUUUAAGCUCGAAUUCAGAGAUCGGACUCAACUACUCGCUACCGUUGGGAUACCAUCACGAUUCACUCAUUAGAGUGUCGUUCAUCAAUGUAUUUUCCAAGAUUAUUCAAGACGUUUAUGCCCCAAAGAUAGACGUUGCCAAGCAAUCGCUCCAGAAGUUGAGCCGGAUUCUCUUUUUCGGGAAACCCGCAUUGCUCCUCUCGGCCGUUGAGGUAUGUCCACGUUCUGAGGUGGAUGCAUUUGCCAAUGCUUUACUUCAAGUGACGGACAACGAGCAGAAGAAGUUGUCGAUUUUGACAGGUCUGCUUAGGUUUGAGAUCUUGAAUGUGGGUCAUUCCGUCGAGAUCUUGCGUAGCAACACGGUAGCCACACGAAUGGUGGCACUUUACUCGCGUUCCGAGGCCGCUGUGUACAUUGUAAAGACUCUUCGAUCGCCUCUUGAGGAGUUGGUUGAGUCUGGUGAGUAUUUUGAGAUUGAGAAGAUGGAUUCUCUGAACGAUCAGGAGAAAAUGUACAACGUGGAGCUGUUCAUGAAGUAUUUAAAGCUUGUAGUGGACUCGAUAUCGUUGUCGUUGGAGAUGAUUCCACACGGUAUUCGUGUGAUCUCCAAAGUGAUCUUUGAUACUGCCAGCGUUCACUUCCCCCAGUCAAAGUACGCGGCACUUGGUGCAUACCUAUUUUUACGGCUCUAUAAUCCGGCCAUAGUUUCACCAGACCAGGCGAAGAUCGUUGAGUCGAACGAUGUGCGCUUCAAACGGUCGGUGAUCCAAAUAGCACGUACUUUACAGAUGCUUGUGAACGACGUACUUCCCACGAGCAAGUUCCCGUCGUUGAGGUCCAAAGCAGGAGAAAUCGCCGAGAUGAACAGGCAGAUUGCACAGUUUAUGGACUUUGUAGUAGCCGUGGAGGACGACGAUCCAGCAGAUGUCCAGGUUGAAUUUAACUACAACGCAGGAAUUCGCUUCUUCCAUACGUUUUUCUAUGAUCACUGGAUGGAGAUUCGGUCCAAAUACUCUCUGAAGGGAGGAGGAAAGCUAUAUGAGGACUCCAAGGAGGAUAAGAUCAAGAACAUCAAGCAAGUUGAUUCUUUACUCUGUGUUUUGGGUCUUCCAGAGCGAAUUAAGGGCUAUCAGAUUCCUGUUUCCAUCAAAAACGACAAGUCAGAGAAGGGUAUCUUACUCUACGAUUUCAUGUCGCGUAGUUCGCUCAAGGACAGCAAUCCGGGCGAUUCUUUGCGUGUCUUAGCAACCAAGGAUGGCCUUCCAUUGGUUGUGGUCCGGCUUGCACAGGUUCCGGAAAACUUGUCGAAUGAUACGAUGAUAUACCGACUUAUCCAGUCUCUGAGUGGGUACUGGGAACAGCCCUAUUGCUUUUUGAUCGAUUGUACUGGUUACACGGAUGUAGAACGAUUUGAUUCUCUUUUCUCUCUUUAUUGCAGCCUCAUUCCUCCUGCAUUCAGGAUCAACUGUAAGCGUACGUAUUACUUUAACGUCACGCCUCAGUUCUAUAGGUGUCUGAGAGCUUUUGGAUAUUCUAUGCCUGAUUCCAUCGAGUUCAGGUUCCUUUCCUCAGACGAUGAUAGCAAGACCAUUAUGACGUCUGGAUUGGUGUCGUAUUCUAAUCAGGUUUCUAACGAUGCCAGAGUUGUUUUCCACGAUGUAUCUCUGUACCAGGCAGAGGCCAGACGUUUUGUACCUGUCAAGUUGAAAGUAGGUAAUAGGUACGUUCAGAUCUUUAGUGGGCAGCCGCAAAGAUUGAAAUUAGGGUCCCGAAUGCGUCUUGUGAAGACCGUCGAAGUCUACAAAGUGAGAGAUAUGGACGAGAUCGCUGCCAGUAAUAUUACCGGUGUUUUCAACGAGCUCUCAAUGGUAAACUCGGCCACCGGUGAACGCCUCAUCUUAGCUUCACCCAAAAAGGUGGAAAUCAUGAGAACGUUGUACUUCAGCCGGGCCAGAAACUACCAGGAAGACAUCUCAGACGAGUCUCAGGAGUCUGGAGAGAUGUCCCUCGAGCUGUCGAUUGGAAAGCUCAUUAACAUGAGUUUCUCUGGGUUGUUGUAUUCGAGUGACUCGAUCAGAAACGCAUCCUUUGCUCUUUUGGCGUCAUUGACGAAGCUUUUCCACUUUUCCGUGGGACGCAAAAUCGAGACGGUCGACGGAGUGACUUUCCCCUUUGGUGAAGUCAAUUACAUCUCUUCUGUAUCUGCAGAGAUGGCCAAGAAUCAUCCUACUCUCACAUAUGCGGUUCUUCGUGGUUUCUUUGAGGCAUUUGAUGACGCAUCGCUUCAAAACAAGUCAUCUAUAGUGAUGUACAUUGGACCGUGGAUCAAGAACCUUUACAAGUACGUCUAUCUUGCUAACUCUUCAAAGGGACCAGCAAGAACGGCGGAUUUGGUGUGUCGAUUUGUUCGUUCGUCUAGAGAUUCGAUGAGGGUUACACAGGCGUUCAUGUACUUCAUCUGGUCUCAAAUCUCACUUGAGGAUCAACUUGUAGAAGUGAUUAUCAACGAAAUUGUAGCGGCAGCCAUUGACCAUGAGGCUGAGGGUCACAACUGGACAGAAAUUACACGAUUCUGGCCCCUUACGCCGACCAUCGAGGUGUGUAGCUUCUUGCUCCGGCGUCUCAGAGAGAAAUCGUACACUCUAUCGAUCAAUGAGUCGGAAAUUGAGGUCCAUACUACAUGGAUAGAGACUACCGUAAUGGCACGGUUCCUUGCAUACCUUGUAUUUGACUCGCUACUCUUUGUUCAGACUUUCCUGAGUGAUAUUUUCUACGUGGCGACGAUCUACAUGGACUGUGGACCGUUGGAAAUGCGUCGUUGUAUGUCCAAUCUACUUAUUCGCACUUUCCAUUCCUACUUGUCCCAUGAGGGACUUAGUGAGAAGCAGAGAGAUAGUAUUAGAAGCCAAAUCGAGCUUCUUAACGGUGCCCGGUUCAGGAUGCUCUUUGGAUUGACCCGUGAGGACAACGAUGAGAUGUUCAACCAGACAUCUUUGCCUGGUGGAGAGAUGAUCAACCGCGCCAAUGCAGUUUCCACGCUUUGUGACUUGCUAGUGGGAUUUAUAAAGUCGUUCUCCAGUGUGGAAGAUUGUGAGUUGAAGCUGAUUAAGUGUAGUAGCUAUGUGAUGAAUGUUGCCUUUGACUCGAAUUCACAGCUACAGGGACAGGCAAUUCUUGUAUUGGGCAGCUUGACCAAAGAGGGUAUUGAUAGUAUUUUGGUUGGCCGGUUUCUCGGGUUGCUGCUCGAGACUUUUGACCGAGUCACGUCGUCUAUUGGUCAGAGCAAGAAGCACUUUUCGUUGCUCAUUUGCGUGAUGCACGCAUUUUCUCGAGCCUUGGAUGGAGUUCGCUCGGAUUCAUCGUUUCUUCCACGGUUUUUCUGGCUCUCCUACUCGAUGUUGUUUCUGGAUAACGCCAUGUUCUACUACUAUGGAUUGAAGUUUCUUAGAAGCAUACUGACCAAGAUGAGCGAACACUUGGAGAAGCUGCGUAAAGAGGAACCGGAGUCAAAGGCCAUGACAAUCGGUGACUACGUAAACAAGUAUCGGGAUGCCUUUGAUCCUGUCUUGAGAGAGUACGAGGCACUCAACGGCAUCACUUUCUCUACACGAUACUUUGACGCUAUAAUGGUGUGCCUAUGUGCUAAAGGAUUGACAGUUCCAUUCUGUCAUCGAUCUUCUUUGGAGACUAUGGAGACGUUGUUGAAGGUGAGAUAUGCGGAAGGGGCUCCAGGAUAUUCGACGUAUCUUUUCUAUAUCUACAUUAUGUCUUCCUCGAACGAGGAGAUGGUGGAGACUAUGAAGAGAUGCGGAGUUUCUAGCGACUCUCCCAUGUAUACGUUCUCUAUGGGGACAAAGAUGCCCAAAGUGGUGUCUGAAUGGUACAGUAUGAGUAGUCCGAACGCUAUAGCAUGCUGUCUCAGUGCACUCAAGUACUUCAGGAGUCAAAAGGUGAACGAGGUGACGUCUUCACGGGCACUUAUGUUAUUUGGAGCUAUGGAAGAACAACGUCCGGACCAAGUUUACGGUCUCUGGGAUGAAUUUUCCGGUGUUUUACAAGGAUUCAUCGAGAAUUCGUCCACCACGUAUCUUCUAGAGAUGUCAUUGGAUGUAGUUUCAAAAAUGAUGGAGAAUACAGAGAGUGAGAAACAUGACGAGUAUCAGAAAAACGCAUGGAAGACACUCGAAGACGCUGAUUUGAUGGGACUUAAAGAAUUGGGAUUCAGUAGUGAAGAUACUUUUAAUGGAGACAUGUCUGAGGAGGCGUUUGAGACGCUUAAAAAGAGAUCCUCCUAUAUCAGUAAGAUGAUAGGAACGUUGAGAACGUUGUCAGUACAAGAUGAAUAG